UUCAUACCCUAGAACUUCACCAGUUUCAUGUCUGCCUUUUUAAAAAAACAGAGCAGCUCCACGUGAUCACGAGCUGACCCUUAGCAAGUGAUAAAAACGCUUCCCUGAGUUGGCGUCUUCCAGAUGUGCACAUUCUCAGCAGCAUGGCCUGAACGACAGGAGGAAAGAUGCAUGCCCCAGCAGAGCUGAGCACAACUGGAGGAAGUGUCUGAUCAACGAUUUUACUGCUUCUUUGAACUGGGAAAAGAAACUCAAGGCUCUUCUACUCUUCCCUUGUCCAGGGGAUCGCUCUGUCCCCAGCAGCUCUUACAACCUGGUGUGCAAAAGGGUGGAACGUGGCCAUGCUUUCUGAUGGAUGGACAGUGAGCCUGGGGAUCCUGCUUAUGCUCCAAGGAAUGACGUAUGGGGAGAAGAUAGCAAAGACUGGAUCCUGCCAGCCUCGACCUUCCUGCCAUGAGUGCAUUCAGUCCCACCCCCGUUGUGCCUGGUGCAAGCAGCUGGAUUUUGUGCAAGCGGGAGAGUCUGACGCAGAGCGCUGUGCCCCUCGGCUAGAGCUGGAGCAUCGUGGCUGCCUUCCCAGUGAGAUUGUGGAUCCCCAGGGCAAGCAGCACAUUUUGGAGGACAGGCCUCUGAGAGAUAACACAUACCACGAGAACAUUACUCAACUGUCACCUCAAAGAAUUGUUCUUCAGCUUCGGCCUGGAAAGGAACAUAGUUUCACUGUCCGCUUCAAACGGGCUGAGGGUUAUCCCGUGGACCUUUACUACCUUAUGGACUUGUCCUACUCCAUGAAGGAUGACCUGGAGAAGAUCAAGCAACUGGGAAGUGACUUGAUGGCUGCCCUGCGCAAAGUUGCUACCUCAGUGAAGAUCGGGUUUGGUGCCUUUGUGGACAAGACCGUGCUGCCUUACGUGAACAUGGUUCCCUCCAAACGGAAAAAUCCCUGCCGAAACCCGAAGGAGAACUGCCAGUCGGCGUUCAGCUAUAGGCACGUGCUAGCUCUCACUGACAACGCCACAGAGUUUGAAAGCAGGGUUGGUCAGCAGCGCAUCUCGGCCAACCUGGAUGAUGCAGAAGGAGGCUUUGAUGCUAUUAUGCAGGCAGCCAUUUGCAAGGAGCAGAUUGGCUGGCGUAAUGUGACAAGUCUGCUGGUUUUCACUUCAGAUGGCACCUACCACACUGCAGGGGAUGGAAAACUGGGAGGGAUCUAUAUGCCUAAUGACGGGCGCUGCCAUCUGGAUGCCAGUGGUGUAUACAGCAAAAGUCAUCUUUAUGACUAUCCUUCUAUAGGGCACUUGGCCGAAGUGUUGUCCAAAUCCAACAUCCAGCCCAUAUUUGCUGUGACUGGCUCCAGGCUCUCUCUCUAUAAGGAGCUGAGCAAGCUUAUUCCAAAGUCCGUGGUGGGGGAACUGAAGUCGGACUCCAGAAAUGUGGUGCAGCUCAUAGAGGAUGCCUAUAAAAGCCUUGCCUCCACAGUGAAACUGGGACAUUUCUCAGAGCUUCCUCCUGGGAUCUCCAUUGCUUAUGAUUCCCAUUGUGGGAACUCAGAAACCUAUGGACAGACGAAGGGUGGAGAGUGCAGUGAUGUGUCUGUCAACCAGCUGGUGCAAUUCACAGUGAAGAUAAUGGCAACCACCUGCUUACCUGAGUCCCAGAAGCUGGUGCUGCGAGUACUGGGAGUGGGGGAGGAAGUCCAAGUAGAGCUGUCAACAGCCUGUGAGUGCCAAUGUGGAGACACCCAACCUGAUGCACACUAUUGCUCUGGUGGACAUGGCAACCUCACCUGUGGCAUCUGCCGAUGUCAUGAAGGUUAUGUUGGCCGGCACUGUGAUUGCAGGAAAGAGGAACUCCUUGAUUCAGGAGCUGUGGCCCUAGCAAGUGGGCCCUUCUGCAACUGUGACAAUGUUGCCUGUGAACGACACAACGGGCAGCUUUGUGCAGGUAACGGGCAGUGCAGAUGUGGCCGUUGCCAAUGCCAUGCCAACUACACCGGCAGCGCAUGUGAGUGCAGCCUGGAUACCAGUGGAUGCACCCAGGAGGGCAAGAUAUGCAGUGGGCAUGGACAUUGUGUCUGCAACCGAUGCCAGUGUGACGUCGGGUGGCUGGGCAGCCACUGUGCUACCCGCCAGCUGCCCUGUGAAGAGCACAGGGAUUGUGCUGAGUGCAAGGCUUUUGGGACAGGACCGCUGAGUCGGACCUGCAACAGCUCCUGCAGCCAAGUGGUGAGGGUGCUGGUGGCCCCUGUGGACGAGAGAUGGUGCCAGAUGAAGGCAGGAGACGGACGCCUCCUCAUCUACCUCAUUGAGAGGGACAAGACAGGCAGCGUCCUCCUCACGGUGGAUGACCAAAAAACGCCAGAUACUACAAGGCAGCUGAUAUUGAUGCCAGGGCUGCUGAGUGUGGUGAUCGUGGUGAGCAUAGGGGUGCUUCUCAUUGUUCUGCCCCGUGGCGUGGUGGAGAUCUACGACCGGAGAGAGUUCAGACGCUUUGAAAAGGAACAAGAAGGUGCCAAGUGGUCCAAGGUGAACAACUUCAAGUUCAAGAGUGCCACCACAACAAUCAUCAACCCCCAGUACUAUGGUAAUGAAAACAUUGCAAACACAGCUUGAAAACACUGUGCCAACAGCUGGCGAAGAUACUGUAUGACUUUGGAGCAGACACCUGUAUGAGAAUUUUCCCCUGAGCAAGCCCUAAUGUAGAUCGACCUACAUCACCAGAUAAUCCAGGAUUGAAAUAAUGAAUCAACAUCUGUAGCAAAAUCUCAAAGUGGUCAACCAAUAAAACCUUUAUUGU